AUGGGGACGAGCUCCGGGCGCAGCCUAAAUUUAGCCGCGGUAUAUAAGCCGGCGGGCGGCGGUGGCCGUGGCCGCGGCGGCCGCCCGGGCCCAGCGCGGCCGCUCUGGCCCCUCGCGCGCCGCCAGGCCGCGCCCCCACCCCACCUCCCCAAGCUCGCUCCCCCCCAGCCCGGGCCCGCCCCCGCGCGUCUCCUUGGCAACGGCGUCAACACGCCGCCACAACAGCCGCGGGGCGCCCAGGGAUCCCCGGGGUGCCCCGCGGCCUCCAGCCUGCGGGAGUCCCGCGGGGAGCUGGAGGGAAGGGGAGAUCCCGCGGCCUCCCGAGAUCCUGGUUGGGAUCAAGGUCUAGACCACCUCUCCCCUAAGCAGCCAGCCAUCCAGGGCUGUUUCACCCCAAACUGCCAGUGCAUGUCCUCGGCCAGGCACCCCACAAGCCAGCCCCUAGGAAUCCUACAGCAAACAUGUCACUAAGACCCCGCUGGGCUCCCAAGACCAGUCAGGAAGUUUCUAGAGAGAUGACAGCAGCAUUACGACAACAACCGAGAGCUGCUGCUGCUGAGGUUCGUGCAAGGCUUUCACAAUGUGUUGCUAAACUUGGCUGCCUUGUCAAGAAGAUGCUCAACGGGCUGGCGUUACCCCAGGAUUGUGCCAUGAUGCGGGCUGCUAAUCGCCGAGACCCCGGAAAAAAGGACCCUGUUGAUCCACCUGUCUUUAUAUUUUAUGUAUAUCCCGAUGUUAAUGAGAUUCACAUACCUAUGCAUAGAUAAUUUUUUUUAUUGAGGUCAAAUUCACAUCACAUAAAAUUUGCCACUUUAAAGUGCACGAUCCAGUGGCUUUGUACGUUCACGACGUGCUGCAACCACCACCUCUAUCUAGUUCCAGAACAUUCUCAUCACCUCCCGAAAGGAAACCCCGUCCCUGUUAGCCGUCCCUCCCCAUACCCCUCUCCCCUUCCCCCAGCCCCUGUCACCCCCCAGUCUCCUCCACGGAUUUUCUUGUUCUAGAUGUUUCCUCCAAAUGGAACCACACACUAUGUGACCACGGUGGCUUGUUUUCGUUUGGCCUGUGAGCUAAUCAUGGUCUUUGCAUCUAUGAAUGGUUGGGGAGGAAAAAAAAAAAUCAAAGGACUAUUUCGUGAAACAUGAACAUUAUAUGGAAUUCAAAUUCCAGUGUCCAGAAAUAAAACUU